AUGGCAAUUGCAGAAAAGAAACUCAACCUCCUUAGCCUCGACGGCGGAGGCAUCCGUGGCCUCUCAUCCCUCUACAUCCUGAAACAUGUCAUGGAAUCCAUCAACCCUGACUAUCCCCCAAAGCCAUGCGAGUACUUCGACAUGAUUGCUGGAACCAGCACAGGAGGUCUAAUCGCCAUCAUGCUCGGCCGCCUAAAAAUGGGCGUCAACGAAUGCAUCGACGCCUACAACACCCUCGCAACCCAAGCCUUCACCCGAAAAGCCUACCUCCCCAUAACCCUAACCGGCCACGUCAAAGAGCGCUUCGACAGCAAACAACUAGAAGCCGCCCUCAAAAAAGCCAUAGCAGACAGACUCCACGACCAAGACGCACUGCUAAAAGACCCCGACACCUCAUGUAGAGUAGUCCUCUGCGCAACCAGAGCAGGAACGAGUACGACUGUCGCGCUGCGGAGUUAUUGCAAUGAGCGGGAGUGCUCUGAACUAUAUAACACUGUGAAAAUCUGGGAAGCUGGCCGUGCUACGUCUGCGGCGUCUUCGUUCUUCGAUCCGAUAACGAUUGGUCCGAAUGGACAGCGGUUUUUCGAUGGUGCGACGGGGGCUAAUAAUCCGAUUCGGCAUUUGUGGAUGGAAGCUAAAGAUAUUUGGUCCGCUGCGCCGUUAGAAGAGCAAAUUGGUUGCAUAGUAUCUAUUGGGACUGGUGUGCCCCAGGUGACGAGAUACGAAACGAAGGGGAUAGGCGGGCUUAAGACGCUGAAAGCUUGUGUUACGGAGACGGAAUAUACAAAGGAAGAAUUUGCAAUUGAGCACUCGGAUCUCGUUGCGAAUGAUCGGUACUUCCGUUUCAACGUUCCUGAUGGACUUGCGGAUAUUGGACUUGAGAAAGUUGCAAAGAUCGAUCUUAUUGUUGGCAUUACGGAGAAUCAUCUCGCAAAGGAUGCCGUUCGGGAACGGGUCCAGGCUUGUGCGGGGUCACUUAGCAAGAGUAAAGGCUACACUAUCUCGAAACGUCCUUCAUCAAAGACUUCCGCUUGGGAAGUUACCGGAUUAGCACGGGCUCAAGUACAAGGUAAGUUUUCGAUUCCCCAUAUUGAACCAUAUCUUUUAUAA